AUGGUUGAUGCAGUUCUUCGAGUUGUUCUUCAGAACAUUAACUCCCUACUUCAGCAAGAGUUUGGUUUGGUAUGGGGAGUCGAUCGAGAGAUGAGAAGGCUUUCUGACACCUUAGACACAAUUAGAGAUGUAUUGGAAGAUGCUGAGAUGAAGCAAUUCAAGGAUAAGGCUAUCAAAUGUUGGCUAAAGAAACUCAAGGAUGCAGCUUAUGAUGCAGACGACAUCUUAGAUGAGUGUGCUGCCAAAGCACUUCAAUUAGAAGAAACCCAGAAGAGAAACUGCACCAACCAGGUAAGCAACUCUUUCUUAUCUUGGUUCAAUUUUGAAAAACUUAUGUUUCGUCGCAAGAUUGGACAGAGAAUAAAAGAUAUUAGAGAGAGAUUUGAUGAUAUUGCUGAUGCGAGGUCCAAAUUUCAUUUGAACCCUCGGGGAAAUGCAGUGGAAUGGACUUUUGAGACCAGUGAAAGAGAGACUACGUCCAUUCUAACUGAACCUCGCGUUUAUGGGAGAGAUGAGGACAGAGAAGAAAUAGUUAAGAUAUUGGUGGACAACAUUAACAACCCAGAGUUACUGGUUUAUCCAAUAAUUGGAAUCGGUGGUCUAGGGAAGACCACACUUGCUCAACUAGUCUACAAUGAUGAAAGAGUGAAAAAUCAAUUUGAGACCAGAAAUUGGGUUUGUGUAUCUGAUGAUUUUGAUGUAAAAAGGCUUACUAAAGCAAUCAUAGAAACUAUGGGUGGAACUGCAUCUGAUCUCACAGAGUUGGAAUCAAUGCAAAGCCGCCUUCGUGAGAUGUUGAGUAGGAGGAGAUUUUUGCUUGUUCUAGAUGAUGUUUGGAAUGAAAAUCAGGACAAGUGGGAUAAGUUGAAAUUUUCAUUGACAUGUGGAAUUCAAGGAUGUUCAAUUCUUGUAACCACUCGUCUUGAAAAAGUAGCAUCAAUCAUGGGCACAUUUCCUGCUCACCACUUAAAAGGACUCUCAAAGGACGAUUGUUGGGCUUUGUUCAAGCAACGUGCAUUUGGCGAUGGCAGAGAAGAGAUUGCAAACUUGGUAGUGAUUGGAAAGGAGAUUGUGAAGAAGUGUGGAGGUGUUCCUCUGGCAGCAAAGGCUCUAGGGAGUUUAAUGCGCUUCAAAAACACAGAGACUGAAUGGCUAUUUGUGAAAGACAGUGAAAUAUGGGAUCUACCAGAAGAUGAAGAAAAUACCAUUUUGCCGGCCUUGAGACUUAGCUACAAUCAUCUGCCCUCACAUUUGAGGCAAUGUUUCGCUUAUUGCUCUAUAUUUCCAAAGGAUCAUAGGAUCCAGAAGGAACAGUUGGUCCAUCUAUGGAUGGCUAAUGGUUUUAUUCCAUCCAAGGGUAAAAUGGAGUUGGAAGAUAUUGGUAAUGAAAUUUUCAACGAGUUAGUGUGGAGGUCUUUCUUCGGAGACGUAGAAAAAAAUGAUUAUUUGAAUGUAGUGAUUUGUAAGAUGCAUGAUCUAGUCCAUGAUCUUGCAUGUUCUAUCAUGGGUAAGGAAUGUCUGACCUUAAAGACUAGCGAGGAAAUAAUUGUUCCAAAAGGGAUUCGACACCUAUCAUUGGAGCUUGAGAACAUGCAUUCGUCUGACGACUUACAAAUGUUGGUAGCAUCCACUAAUGAGUCUUUGCGUAAAUUUCAAACCAUUCGUACUUUGCUGGUAAAUCGUUUAGACGUAUAUUACAGGCCAUUUUCAGCUGCCUAUUUGAAAUUUCAAAAUUUCAAUAUUUCAAAUCGUAGAUGCUUACGAGCAUUAGAACUGAGUUUCAGUUCUGUAAGUCGGCGACCAUCGUCAGCUGCCUAUUUGACACACUUGAGGUAUUUCAUACACUUGAGGUACCUGAAGCUCUCCUUUAUGAGUAUUAGCACAUUACCUGAAUCUUUGAGCAACCUAAAACAUUUGCAGACAUUGCUAGUACACGAUUGUCCAUGUCUUCAAAAGUUGCCUGCACACAUGAGUACCAUGAGCAGCCUCAGGCACCUGGAUAUUUGGGGAUGUGAGUCACUAAGGCAAAUGCCAAUCGGAAUAGGGAAGUUGAUUCACCUACAGACAUUAAGCACGUUCAUCGUGGGGAAGAAGACUGGAUAUGGUAUCAAUGAAUUAAAAGGACUGAACCUCAGAGGACAAUUACACAUAAGAGAUCUUGAGAACGUAAAGAAUUCAGUGGAUGCCAAAGAAGCCAAUUUGAUGGAAAAGAGAAACCUUAACUGGUUAACCUUGUCUUGGUCUCCACAUAAUGAUCAAACUCACAUCCAAGAAAAUGUUGAUGAGGUGCUAGAAGGCCUCCAGCCCCCAGCAAGCAUAAAAAGAUUGAAAAUGGAAAGGUACCGAGGCAUGAAGUUUCCAAGAUGGAUGGAGGAUUUGUCGCUCCAAAAUUUGGUUGAUGUUGAAUUGAGAGAUUGUAGCAGAUGUGAAAAUUUCCCACCUCUUGGGCAUCUGCCAUUCCUGAAGUUUCUUUAUGUAAGUGGAAUGGAUUCUGUACGAUUCUUAUUAGGUGUUGAGUCCGAUAAUGGUGAUGGCUUGGGUAAAGAAUUCCCGUUGUUGGAAAAACUAAGGAAGAGAGGUUUUCCCUUGCCUUGUGUCAAUGACUAUUACAGCUUGUGA